CGUAUAAUGCUGUCUCUAUGGCAACAAGGCUAUCAAUUACGUCAUGAGCUUGGUGGACUUUAGAUCGUGUUCGCAGGUCUAAGGGAGGGACGUUCCAAGAAGCCACCCGAGUUAGGCAGAGACGGAUGAUACACAAUGGCCAAGUUUCUGUCUCAGACUCAGAUAAAUGAAUUUAAAGAAUGCUUCUCCCUGUAUGAUAAAAAGCGGAAGGGCAAAAUUGAAGCCAAGGACCUGAUUACAGUGAUGCGUUCUUUAGGCACCAGUCCCACGUUCAACGAGGUGGACAGACACCUUCAGGUCCAUAAAAUAGAUAAAAUGGGCGAGCUGGAUUUCUCUACCUUCCUGACCAUCAUGCACAGACAGAUGCAGCAGGAAGAACCUAAGUCAGAGAUCCUUGAGGCCAUGCGCAUGACAGACAAACAGAAGAAGGGCUACAUCCUGGCAUCUGAGCUCCGAGCCAAACUCACAAGCCUGGGAGAGAAGCUCACUGAUAAAGAAGUGGACGAACUGUUUAAGGAGGCCCAUGUCGGCCCCGAUGGCCUUGUUCACUAUGAGGAGUUUACCAGGAUGGUCACACUGCCUCCUGCCGACUACUGAUGGCCCAAACAAGACGUGCCUGGACUUGUCCGUUAACCAAUUUCUGUAUGUCAGUUAUGUUCAACAGUCAUAAAAACAUGCUUUCAUAUUAAUUCAGAGUUGUUGUUUUGUUUUGUUUUUCUUCAAAAUCAUUUCAUAUGUUUUAAGGUUGUUAACUAUAGAAGAAAAGUACCAUGAUCUAACAUUUAUAGAUGAUGGUAAACAAAUAUUGAGAUAUUAUGUCUAUUAGUAUUCAAUCAUGUAUUUAUAGAAAUACUUUAAAUGUCUUGAUUUCUUGAUCUUACUGUGUAUCAUUU